UAUUAUCUGGAGAUGUGUAAAGACAGAACACGUGGUUUCUCGUAAGCAUACUGGAUCAGCGGUCAUACCUGCUUUGAGACCAGAGAGCGCUGAUGAUAUGCCAACAGAAGUGUAUGAGAGCUGUCGAUAGUGAAAGUAACUGGAAUGGUUUAGUUUACUGACCACUUCCUGGAUCCAACACACUUCGACUUGGCACAUUGAAGACGCACAAGGGGCAGGGGACAUGUCAACACGCUCGCAGUAUGCAGGGGGCUACAAUAAACCGAGCUCCACCCGUCACCGGGAACGAACGGACGAACCGGCUGACAAGAGGUCGAGCGGGGACAACCCCAUCAAGCGCGUAGGAGGGGAUGACAACAGACCUUUCAGAAGACUCAGAAGUCCCACAGGACCAAGUCGUCCAUUCAGGCCGAGGUUUGGAGGCAGAUUCUACAGGCCAAGGUUUAUCCCAUUCAGGGACCGAGGCUUCUUCCGCAGGCCCUCCAUUGGCUUCCAUCGGCAGCACAGUCCACACCAUAAUCUCAGGUCCCCAGCGCUGCGUCAUAAAGUCUCGUCCCCCUCACGGCCCGACGCACGGCCCUCCCCAUCGCCAUCCCCCUCAGAGCAGAGCAAAGCAACAUCUCGGGCUUCUGGCGAUUCGGUCCGUGAGGAGAGGUCCUCCCUGUCGUUCACGGUGUCUCGUCAGAGUAAAGUGUCCCAGGGCAGGGACCCGCCGUCUGCUGUGACCAGGGCAGCAGCCAGGAGCCGAGCCAUACAGAAGAAGAGACGCGAGAUCGAAGAGGUGUACCGCCAGGACUGCGACACGUUUGGCGUGGUGGUGAAGAUGCUGAUCGCCAAGGACCCGUCUCUGGAGCGGCCCAUCCAGUCGUCCCUGCAGGAGAACCUGCGCGAGAUCGGCCUACGCUGCGUGGAGGCCAUGCAGGACUUCAUCCAGGACUACGACGCCCGGCAGGUCUGCCCCUCGCCCACCCCGACACCUCCUCAUCCAACACCUCCUCAUGCUACACCGCCUCAUCCUCCACCUCCUCCUUCAUCAUCAUCAACACCAUCAACACCUUCCUCUCAGGCUCCUGCAGCACCUCCAGCUCCUCCUCCUCCGGCAGCCCAGCCUCCACAGGAGGUGUCUCCCAUGCACUGACUUCCUGACGCUGAAGGUGUUUUUCAGGGCUGACAGAGAGCAGUGCCGGUGCCCAUUCCCGUUCCCACAGCUAAUCUUGAAUCAACUGAUGUGUUGACACAACGCAAAUUCGUGUUUGACCUAAAACAGUUGACAUUACAUUACACCAGUGGUGUAGUCUGCUUUUUUUGUGGUGGGUAUACUGUAAAUUUGAGCAUUUUUUGAAGUGGGUAUACUGUAUAUAUUUGUGCCAUUCAAAACAAUGGAACAAUCAAUUUUAAGUGGGUACAUUGAAAUCCCUGAAAUUUAGAGGUGGGUAUACUCCGUAUACCCGCGUUCUAUACCACUGCAUUACACUUAGCUGACACUUUAAUCCAAAGCGAUUUAGUUAUAUUACAGGGCAUUGGUUACUGUCCCUGGAGCAAUGGGGAUGUCCCUGGAGCAAUGUGGGAUUGCCUUGCUCACGGGCACUACAGCCAUGGAUGGAGGUGUAGGGAGAGAGGUAAGGUUAGGAUUUGAACCUGCAACCCUCUAAUCUUAAGACCACCUCCCUAACCAUUAGGCCACAGCUCCCCCCAAAUUUAGUGGCAAAUUAGGAUCAUCCAAAUUAUAUCUGGAAAAGUUGGCUGACGAUGUGGAGUAAAACGGGGACAUUUUUUGUUUGUUUGUAUCUUCCAAAGCAAACAGCAUCAUUGAGUAGACGUCAGCAGAUUUUUCUGGGCGUCACCCACAAUGAGGUAAACAAUGCCGUUUGAAUGCAGGUUGUUUACUGGUCAGCACUUAGGGACCCAGUGUGACUGGUGCAGGAGCCGGCACUGGCACUGGCACUGGCCUGGAAACAGCUUCAGGGACGGGGAGGAAGGAGCCGUCGAACCGCCGACUGGGUUCAUCUACUGUAGCAGAGAUACCCACGUGAGACUAAUGUGAAGAAGUGUGUAUGUAUGUGUGUGUGCAUGUGUGUGUGCAUGCGCACGUGCGUGCUCAUGCUUACAUUUUACGGUGCUGUUGUGAAUCGCACAGUUCAUGAUAUGGUUUGUAACAGAAACAUCAGGGGUCAUACUGCAGAGGUGGUUAAAAGAGUAAAGUAAGUCACAUGUCAACAAGUGUCAACACUUACCUGAGUUCCUGACCGGAGAUAGGGCAGCCAUUUUGAUCAGCGUAUUGUGAAAAGAACAUUGAAUGCAUACUUUUUAUUGGACUUCUUAUUCCUAUUCCCAGUCAAUUCACUUGUAGGCACUUAAUUGUAGCAUUACAGUCACUAGGAAACUACCUCAAGGUACAGCCUGUAUAAAAAACAGUGUAUUUAAUCAAUGAUUAAUACACCAAACAUGUUCUCACUGUGCCUUUUGUUGUAAGUGACAGAGUACUUGUUAGACUACCAGGGAACCAUGGAGCUACAUAACAUUCAGCUUUGUACAUGGUUUAAAAAAGUGUUUUAUUUAUUUUAGUAAAAACUACAUUGUCACUUAACCACCUCUGCAGUUUCUGUGUGUGUGUGUGUGUGUGUGUGUGUGUGUGUGUGUGUGUGUGUGUGUGUGUGUGUGUGUGUGUGUGUGUGUGUGUGUGUGUGUGUGUGUGUGUGUGUGUGUGUGCGCGCGUGGUAUUCAUGCAUAUCCGUGUCUGUUGUUGAACACAUAACAUAAAGACAACAUAACAUAAAAACCAUUUACCUCCUGAACUUUGCCCUACCUUUAUCAGACGACUACAAUCAAAGCUCCACUGUGUAAUUUUCAUAGACUAUGUUCCUCAUUCACACAUUUGAUCUUCAUGAAUAUUGACUUAUUAAAUUGACUAAUAUUUACUGGUAUGACUAAGCAUUUCCAAACCGUAAUGAAUGAAACUAAACGUGGUGAAACAAAAUUGUCGUGGGAAAAAUAUUCAUGAAAAGGAUUCGUGAAUGGAUGACGCAAAUUCUGGAAAUAAGUUAUUUAAAAAAAAUGGACAUAAUGGACCUAUAAAAAGUGUCACCCUUUGACACCAAGGCACAAAUGUCUAUUCUGCAUCAGGGUUUCCACUGUAACAGUGACCUGACACCAGGGGCUUUUGCUUUACCACUUGUAGACACACUGUGACCAACAUACUGUGUACAACUCCAUAUACUGUGUACAACUCCAUAAUCACUCACCUGUGUGUGUGUGUGUGUGUGUGUGUGUGCGCGUGUGCGUGUGUGUGUGCACGUGCGUGCGUGCGUGUGUGAAUGCGUGUGGUGUGUGCAUGUGUGUUUGUAAGAAACGAUAAUCUAUUUUUAAAACCCAUAAUUGUGUUUGUGUGUGUGUGUGUGUGUGUGUGUGUGUGUGUGUGUGUGUGUGUGUGUGUGUGUGUGUGUGUGUGUGUGUGUGUGUGUGUGUGUGUGUGUGUGUGUGUGUGUGUGUUUGCUAAUUUGUCUGCCACUUCCUGCUUUUAAGUGUGAUGAUAGCCUUUUUUUACUUGUUAAUUUCUUGAGAAAAUUCACUGGGCAUACAAUGAGUGCAAUACGCAGCAGUAGCUCUCUGAGAGUGUUCCAUGCUUGCAUGGGCAUUGUGACAAGCAGCAGGGUAUAUUGUGUGACCAUUUGCGUGCUGCUAUGUCUUCCUCACAGCUUUUUUUUAACAUUGUGUGUGUGUGUGUGUGUGUGUGUGAG